GCGCCUUCUGUGUUGAUGCCCCUCCCCCCCGCGAGGACGAAGACAUUUAAUGCGUUUUUCAGCGAUUUUAUGAAAGUGGAAUGUGAUGGGCCGAACAUCCCGCAUUGUCGUAGUGGGAGCCAAGGGAACGGGGAAGACGUCCAUACUGGAAAGGGCUAUCUAUGCCAACCCUAUUACCAAUAAGCAAUAUGCACCGACUCUGGAGGACACAUACGUUGGAAUCGUAGAAACAGAGAGAGGGACGCGUGAGAAGCUGCGGUUUUAUGACACAGGUGGUCUUGAUGCACGGAAUAGGACCCUCCCUCAGCACUACCAUGCGGUGGCAGAUGGCUAUAUCUUAGUCUACUCCAUAAAUGAUAACAUAUCCUUCCAGCUUUUGACGGAUAUAAAGAAGGAUAUUGAUAAGAACAAGGACAAAAAGGAUGUACCAAUAAUUAUUUUGGGUAAUAAAUCAGACUUGGGAGAGGAUAACCGUGUCGUUGAUCCAGGCUCAGCAGAGAAAUGGGCCUCCAACGAGAGAUUGCGUUUGUGGGAAGUGAACGUCCACAACCGAAACUUGUUAUUGGAGCCCAUCAUGAAUCUUGCCUCGCGCCUCAACCCUCAGCCAAGCAAGACCUCCUUCCCACAGCUAACAAUGGGGCGAAAGAACAAAGACUGACUGUGGAGUGACUGGGAAUUUAUGAACUAUGUUAUUCAUAAGAUUCAUGUCUUAACUACUUGUGGAAAUUGUUGUAACAGUAAGUAGAAUGUUUUAGGUUUCUUUAUAUUUAAAGAUAUGAAGAUGAUAUAUUUAUUUAUUUUUUUCUUCUUCAACAAGCAGCAAAUUCUACAUCACCUUCAAGAGUCUCUCUUUCCUCUUUGUAAAGAAAAGCAGCAAAAGCACCUUCAGGCAGAAGUAAAUAAACCAAUGGAGAUCUGCUGGAUAACUUUAAUGUUGGCCUCUUUGUGAUCAAGACCUACUACAACUAACUUAAAAUCCUCACCAUUUCCUCUUCUUCCUCUGCUCUCUCACCUUUUCUUCUUAUCUCCUGCCAGUCACAAAGAGUUAACGGAGGAAAAGACAACAUGAAUGCUGACUUAGGUAUGACUGUUUACAACAAGCAUGAAGUUUAGUAAUGUUUUUCAUCAUCAUGAUUCCCAGUAACGAAAAGAAAGUUUCUCAUUAUGCAGGUGGUCAUUGCAGUUCUGACCAUGAAGUGACAUCACAGCAAGGAAAUGUGAUAUUAUGCAGUUUCAGAGCUUUUUAGUAGACUUUGCCCCUUUGUGUUUUUGAUAUAAAUGAGCUUGGUAGAGGAGGAUAUACGCAUAUAUAUUUAUAAACAAUGUAUAUUUUCAUGGUAGUUAUUUGAAGAUAUGCUUUGGUUUGCCUUAGUCAGAUUAUUGCAGUUAUUGCAAACACUGUAAAGGCAGAUGAUAGUCUAUCAAGAAAGCAAGAAACAAAUGUUGGUGCUUACAUUAUAUAAUAGCUUUUAAAGUAAUAUAGUUUAGGUUAAUAAUAGAAAUGAAAAUGGAAACUAGUUAUGGAGUACAUGUGCAUGUCUGCAUGAGUUACAUUUGCUUUAAGUGCAAUUUAGCAGUGCAGUAUAUUCAUAACUUACAUAAUAUAUACAUAUAUGCUAAUUAUGUAUAUUUAAUAUCACUAUGUAUGUAAUACAGAGGGGCAUAGUCUAAGAAAAAGCUUGAAACCUUUUGUCGUAAAGUGCAGAAGACAUUAUGUAAGUGAUAUUAAGAGUAAGUUGAAUGUUUGCAGUUAGAUCAAUUUUGAUCUUGUUCAUAUGCCUCCACAUACAUGUUGCCAGUGUGUUGCAAAACAACUAGGUAAUCUUAUUUUAUAUACUGUGAGUCAAGUGAAUAUACGAUUGUCUUAAUUUUUAAAAUUAAAUCUAAGGCUAAAUUAUAGUUAACAUUGCUGUAGAAGUUGACCUGAUGACUUAACAAAUGCAUUACAGUCUGCUUGUGAGAAUAUAUAGCUAGCUUUCCUUGCUUUGCUGAGAUUGAUAUCAUCAUGAUGUUAUUGGCUUUUAUUUUAGAAGUGAAUGUUAAGUGCAUUGUAUUUUCACACAUAAAUUAUGCUAAAGUGAUUAUAUUUGGUAUAGGCAUAUUUGUCCCCUUGCUUAAGUGCAGAAAACUGUUCAUUGGACUAGUAAAAUGUUUCAGUCAACAGUCUCUUGAACUCAAGCAUAUUAGUCCAGAGUUAACAAAUGUGCCCUCUAAGUGAUGUACACUGUAAUGAAGAUGCAUUUUUUUCUGUGAAAUAAGAAUUAAUAUCUUAAAUCUGCAAUGUGGAUUAGCUUCUUUAUUGGUCUGUUAUCAUCAUCUUAGCAUCAAAAUUACCAGUGAUGUAAGGAAUCUUAAUUGUGUUAUUUAUAUUUGUUUGCUUAUUAUAAAAAAGAUAUUCAAUGAAUCCAGAAGUGGACAUUUCAAAAAAAAAAAACUGCAAAAUAGCACAAAGGACCAUCUUCAGGAAUAUGUAUAGAUUUAUGAAUGGGAUGCAGUUCUUAUCUUAGGACUGAUUUUCAUAUAAAGUUUGGAUCCUUGGCAUGUCAGGUUGUUUUAAUGUUGUUCAGCAGAAGCCCAUAAAUACUGCAAAUUAUAAUCUCAUCAUUCCAUAGAUCUAGUUAAUGCUGCAAUCUUGUCUUUUAUAAUUUAGCACUCUGUGCUUAUUUCCACUUUUAUUAAAACACUCCACAAUAUUCUUUCUUUCAUUGAUAUAACCUUGAAGAAAAAGAUAAUCCUGUAGUUCAUGCAGAAUAUAGGUGAUCACUUUAAUAGGACAGGAAAUAUAAAUGUAGAUGUUACAUAGUGAAUUCAAUGUUUUUCAGAUGCACAUUUAGUGGAAACUACUAGAGGUCAAAUCUUGUAGUAAAUACUGCUUUUGUUUUUCAACUAGGCUUCUUAAAAAGAUAAACUGAAACUUGUAUAAUUAGAUUUUAUAAAAAGGUUUCAUUAAUAAAACACCAAUACUGUCUGACUAAUUUGAUGUUAUUACAGGACUUAUUGUUAACAAAUAUAUAAAUAUGUACAGAAUCUUGCUACAAACUAUUUCGCUGUCUUUUGUAACAAGAUACAAUAGGAAUCUUUACACAGCAUGGAAUUGUUACCUUCAUGGGGGCAACUCUGGCUUGGUUUGUGCUUGUGGGACUUUACCAGCAUUAACUAUAUUUACUAAACAUCUCACUCCAUGGGUCAAUGGUUCCAGACCACACUGUACCUGGAAUGAAUGCCUUACUUCGGAUAUCUGUCAGUACAAGGCAUGGGUUAGUACAGUGCAGUACUGGCAAACCACGACUACAAUAGCUAGCAGGUAUCUUGCAUAUCUCAAAUUCCUUUCAAAUAUGAAUGAAUCUACUUCAACAUGAUAUACCACAAUGAUUCUUAAAAAGAGACUGCCCAUACAUACAGUGAGUGCAUGUGAAGACUCUUAUCCCCCAGUGCCGGUAGUCUACCCCCACACACAUCACAGCUGUAAUCUCUUGCCCCUGUGUUACCUCAGUUGAGAAACCACUCAAUUUCUCUUUAAUAUUUCCAAGUACUGCUGGAACUCGAGGGGACCACACUCCCCCUCCCCAAAAAUUAAAAAUAGACCGACCACAAACUUGGCCGAGUUUUCUGUUCAGCGAUCCAUGGUGUUUACUUGUCAGUACUUAUGGGAUGUCUAAUACUGAGUGUGCACUUUAGGAGCAGAUAGUUACUGAAGAAUGAAGACAAUUAUGAUGGCUGAGCACCGGAAAUCACAAAGACUGAUUGUGGACCCAGCCUUACUAGCCUCACACUGCCAUUUUGCCCUGACUAGAUGAUAUAUAGUUUACUUCCUCACCCACUGCUUUUCUUAACUAUUCCCCACCUCAACAUUCUAAUGAGUUAACAUAGUUCUCUUAUUUAUAUUAUCACAAAUCAGGCAUAGCUUUAAAAGCAAGAAUUGUAAUCAUGAAACGCGACCCAGUCUAAUUUAUAUCAAGAACAUCUUCCUGGAAAUUAUAUCAUGCAAGCCUGGGUGACGGUCAGUUCUGAGUGGCAUCUCCCUUCACAAAGGCCUUCAGACCACCUAGAGUAAUGGGUAGUAAAGAACCACUUUAUUGAUCCCAAGUCUGCAUGAAACUGUGAUAGAACACUGAAGUUGUAUACAAGGAAUUAGCAUACACUGAAUAAAUAUAAACAAAAAGCUGCACACUUUGUGACGAUGCCUGGCAGACAUUUGCUGUAACAGCAGCAACUGGACACAAACUUUAAUAUACAAUUAGUUCACAUGUUAUGGCUCGUUGGAAUGCUCAUUACACUAGGCACUUUCAGAUUGAACUCCUAAAAGGUAAUAACCAAUUUAUAGAUAGCACAUAAUCAUGUAUAACCAUUUCUUAUCUCUUUAUAUAACCAUGACCAAAGAACCUAUAUAUCAGAAGAGAGAAAGA